UUGUAUAUUAAACUUUGAACUGUUGUCAUUCUUAGCUUCGCUUACAAUUCGAGCUAAAGCAGUGGAUGUGCUGGAGAAAUGACACGUGGGUUGUGAUGGCGAGAUGGCCUUUAGUAAACUAUAUUCCUGGUGUUGGUUAAAUGAUCGAAUGGAUACUUGCAGAGAUGAUUUUGAACAGACUUUGAUCCAAAACCUGGUUGACAGGAUUUAGAAGUUGAACUGGUCUAACAGUUCGUCAGGCGUACAGUAACAGCGAGCUAUAUGCUACAGCCUAUUAAACCUUUUCACUCUAAUCAAGCUGUUUAUAGGUUAUCAUCGGUGUUGCCCAGAGGUGAUUUAAUUACACUUUGCACUUCAGGCUGGGAUUUUCAUGCAGUACUCUUCAGGAUUGAGCAGUGUGGACUCACUGUUUGUAUGCCUGCUUAGUGUAAAUGUGUAGCACGAGUGCAUAGGCCAGUUGUAGUCAUGCACCAGGUGUGUGCUCUUCCAUUCAUUUUAUACGAGCCGGAUAGUAAGCUACUUUCUUUUAUUAUUCAUGUAUUUGUCCUUAUUUUGGAGUCUAGCCUUAAAUAUGGCUUUACAUGUUUCCUUCCAGAUGCCCCACGUGCGUCGCAGGAUGAAGCACUCACUCAGAUGUGUAGUAUUUUAUUUUCCAGUAACAUUUAUUCCAAAUUAGAGUGUAUAGAUUUAUUAUGCAUUCAUAUAUUUGCCAUCUACUUUUCAAGCAAGACUGACAAAGUGGUUGAUUGUAGUCAAGGAUGUUGUGACAGGCAAUACAGCCUCUUUUAAAUGUUGAUCUAGUGCUUCAUGAGCAUGGUGAUGCAGUAAACUGUUGUUUUUACUUUAUUACCAAGUGUGUACAAUAUUCCAUCACAUCUAACUGGUGGUGAUUAAGUGGGUCGAUGUUGCUUGACGUUAUUUGCGUAAGCAGUAAACAGUUUUGUGGUGUGAAUUAAACAGUUAUGGUAGCAAACCUCAACUAGUGCGUUUGUUGUAAUGCAACACGUGCUUGUAAGAGCUGGCUGUGUCCGAUUCCUUCCCUGGUCCUUUAAUAAGUGCACUAUGUAGGGCAGGAUAUAAUAAUGUAGUGCGCAUUGUGCCAAAAUACUUUGUACUUUGGCCAGGAAUGUCAGCGAGUUACUUAUACACGAGGCAGAUAAAGUAUUUGCCUGUAUCUUUGGAAAAGCUGCAACGCCCGGCUCGGAACACGUGUCCUGUUACAAACCAAUAAAAUAUGACAGCUGACGUCGACAAAUCUCGGAUGAAAUCUCGCGUUGUUAUGGAUGCCGCCUGAAUUUCCUGGCGGACGGAGCGUUCCAAGCGUCGUGAUUGGUUGUUCUGCACUGGAGCGCAACAGCAUGCGGAAGUAGAAGCUACGUCACUGCUGAGGCGACCGCAUGUUUUCUUGCCCGCAUGUUGCUUGAACGCAUGUUUUUCGUUUCUUUUUCUUUCUUUCAGUGCCAUGUAUACAAACAAUAAAAACAAUUCAGUUCAGUAUAUCAGUGCAAGGCAUGAUGAAAAUAAGAAUCGGAAAUACUACAGGAAGGUCUGUGCAGUCUGCAGCACAAUGGUCUGGACACUGGAGAUGCACUUGAAGCCCUGCAUGGCUGUUUAGAUCCAUCCAUUCUGUCAAUCUUCGAAGACUCUACAAAUGGAGAGGUUAAAAGUGGUGUUGAUGAAGAAAGUGAGGCAACACUGCUCACAGCUCUCACUGAAAUACUUGACAAUGUAGAUGAUGAAAACUUGUCUCCUUUUGACACUCUACCUGACAUGGAGCUCUUGCAAGGGCAGAAAUGCCAUGAGCUCUCACCUAGACAUGAUGGUGGUGAAGAUGGUGCUGCUAGCUUUUCUGAACUUAUACAGGACUUGGAUAUAUCAUCUGAAUUGGACUGGUGCCUUCCCAUAUCCCUGGAGCAAGAUGGGGAGACUGUGUCUGUUACUCUCAGUGAUUUGGUCAAGCACAUGCAUCCGUAUGCCAUGACUUUGUGUGUAGAAGGGGAGGAGCAGCUCCUGCCUGAAGGAGGAAUCAUUUUGGAGGUGAUGGAUAAAGGAGAACAUGGAGAACCCAUUCUUGCUAUCCCAGACCUAAGCUUUCCCCUAUCUCUGGAUAGUUUAGAAGACGAACAGAGUGUUCCAGAAAGCAGCCCAGAAAAGGUUACGUGUAAACAUGAAGACACUCCAUCAGAGAUGGCCCUCUCUAAGGUUUCACCGGUCAGGGACAGUGAAGUGGAGAGUGUGAAAAUUAAACAGCCAAAGAAAGAGUCACCUGAAAAAAGGCACUCAAAAAAGAAAAAGAAACGGAAAACUGAAGAACCCAAACCAGUUGAAGGAAGAGUGUUAAGGAGCACGUCCUCUAAUGAGGCGGUUGAGGAACCCAGUAAGGAAGGGGAAGAACAAAAGCAGAAGAAAAAGGUUACAUUUGCACCUGUGCUUACUGUAGAUGAGAAUAAGUGUCAAGUUAAAUCUUCAACGGUGAAGACAACUGAGGUACAGGUGCCUAAGGAAAUUCCUUCCUCCACCAUAUCCACCACAGCAAAUCCGCCAUUAAGUCAAGUCUGUACAGAUGGGAUGAAAUCAAGACACUUGCAGGUCCCUGAGGAAAAAGCCACACCUGAUGAAUUAUCUAGUGAUAAAUCUAGAGAAACUGCUGUGCCUUCAGAGCAGGAGCCUGGCAUCAGCCAGCCAAGUGAACCCAAGCAAAAAUCACUCAGUUUACAACAGUACCGUCUUCUUCGCCAGCAGAAGAAACCAUCUCCUCUGGAGAAGGUGGGUGAUAACAGCACUAAAUGGCCUACUUUACCGGAAGCACCCAAGGAACUUCCUCCAAUCCCCUGCCUGCCUGACCCCAACCCUAAAGACCCACGUCGUGCAGCCUCCACUCCUGUGAAAAAGGAGUUUGUCCCUGAAAUCAUGCCCGCCUGGCAGCCAAGAGGCCCUGGAGCACCCCCAACUCCUCAGGCUUUGCUGGUUCCCCCAGCAUCAAUGUUAGCUGCCUCUAAAAAACCUGUGUCCUGUAAGUCAGUUUCUCCAGCUCCCAUGAAACCUGCAGAAAAUUUAGCCGUGUCCACAAUCUCCUCCACAAAGCCUUAUCCCCAGAAACCACCCGUUCCAACUGAUAUGCCAGAGAACACUAUUCCCAACAAGGUAUCUCAGGCUGCUAAGCAGGCAUCAGCUGACAUUACUCUAUCACUACCAAUGGCCACUACAGUUAGAGAAGCUAAGAAUCUCCAUGUAGCUGAGCAGGCAAUAUGUUUACAAAAUACCCCCUCUGCUUCUUAUCAAUUUUCAGUCCCCUCCAAGGAUCAAGACAGCUCCCAUACUCAGGUUGUGCCUGAAAUCACCACAGUCACUACAAAAAAUGAAACCUCUAAUGCUGCUUCUAAUAAUCUUAAUGCUGCAAGCGUAGCUGAGCAAAAGGUGAAAGAUACUGUGCCUAAACCAGCAAAGCCCACUCAGUCAGUCAGUGCUACCAAGCCUCCUGUCAGCUCCCAACGUCAUGUUGCACCCAUAGCUCUUCAGCCUUUCUCAUCCGCUCCAAUUCAGGCCAGAAUUAUGAAGCUGGCAGAGCAGAUGAGAAUGGCUUCUGCUGCAGUACCUAAAGCAAAGAGCCCUACUGCAGAGCUUAUAGAGUCCUUCACCAGUGAAAUUGGUAUUGAGGCUUCUGACCUCACCAGCCUUUUGGAGCGGUUUGAAGAGACUCAGACCAAAGAGGAGCAGAAUGUGCCAGAGGUCUGUGGUAGAGCAGCUGCUGUAGGAAACUCCAGUGUGGAGCAGCAUGCGGAAAACACUGCGCUCAAAAAAGCUUGCAGUCCUGAUCUGGGCAGCACAGCAGGCCUUACUCCACCAGCCACACCUCCUCACCAAAUGUGGAAGCCCUUAGCACCAGUUGCAUUAUUAGGAAAACCAAACAAGUCAGAAAUACCCAAAUCAACACCAACUAAGGCUAUUCAAAUAGAACCACUUCCUUUACCUGCAAGCAAGCUCCAAUGCAAGCCCCAGACCUCUGUUACUCUUGGACAGAUCCAGCCUUUUUCUCUAGACCACGAUUACUGUCUCCUUUCCUCCCAGGAACCCUCCAAGAAUGAGCUGGGCAAUCUCUGGUCUGCCAAGCAGCAACCGAGCGUCAUCAUAAAGUCUGCAGAGUUGCCCUCUGCAAACAGCAAGGCAUCUAGAGAGACUGGAUCUAAACUCCCUUCAAACACCACCACUAAAGAAAGCUUUCAGGAAAAGGUCAACUCUCAGCCGCUUGUAUGUGAGAGUCAGUCUGAGAGGGAGGCCUUGACCACCACAGGCAUUGUGACUCCAGAUGCUUCUCCAGAUAGGCUGGAUUCUGAGAGUUUUCAGGGAUAUUCUGAAUGUUCCCCCAGCCUGUGCCACCAGAAGAGGGGCCGCACACAGAGAAAAUACAGGACACGUUUACCCAGCAGGUCUAGAUCCACAUCAAGCAGUUCUGGAUCAUCUGGAUCACGCUCGCCACCCAGGAAAAGAUAUAGGUCUCGCAGCACUUCCAGAUCUCCUUCAAGAUAUCACACCCGUUCCUGCUCCUCAUCUCCUCGCCAGCGCAGAUACUCCUAUUCCAGCUCCAGCUCUGAUUCUUGGAGCCGCAGCCGAUCUCGGUCCCGAUCACAUUCUCGGUCUCCCUCUCGCAGGUCUCACCACUGGAACACUCGCAGCUCUAUGCAGAGAUCUAACUACUGCUAUGAUGUAAAACAUCAUAAUGAGGAAAUUAGAAAAUGCAAGGAGAAGGCUAUUGAGGAGCGUAGAGUAGUUUAUAUUGGUCGCAUUCAUGGAAGCAUGACCCGUAAAGAGCUGAGGGAGCGCUUCUCAUACUUUGGGGAGAUUGAGGAAUGCACUGUACACUUUAGAGAGCAUGGAGACAACUAUGGCUUUGUCACAUACUACAACACAAAGGAUGCAUUUAAUGCUAUUGAGAAUGGAAGCAAGCUACGGCAGCCGAAUGAACUUCCAUUCGACCUGUGCUUUGGAGGCAGGAGACAGUUUUGUAGGACUAGUUAUGCUGAUCUGGAUUCAAAUCGUGACUUUGAUCCAGCCCCUGCGAAAGGCAGGGUUAAUGCACUAGACUUCGACACUUUACUUAAGCAAGCUCAGAGAAACUUGAAAAGGUAACACUUGAGGAAAAGGGGAAGACGGAAAUCAUAUGUAUUACCUCGGUGCUACGCACAAACCUUCCAAGUGCUGCCAUUUAGUUAAUGUAAUUUUCUUUUUCUUAUUUGUUUUUUUUUUUUUUCUUCUGCAAGCUUACACCUUCUAUUGAAGUGAAGAUUUGUAUGAAAAAUUAAAAGAGGAAAAAAACUGAAUAACAUAAAACUAUGUAACGAAAAGUCAUGAUUUUUUUAAAUGAAGAAUUUAUUUAAAUGUUUAAACUAAAGAUGUUCAAUGCAUUUUAAGAAUUAAGUUGAACUGCUCUAAUGCUGAGGGGAUGGAUUUACAUUGCCGAAAAUGUAGCUCAGUCCAAAUAAACCCAUACAAGAA